AUGGAAACAGAAAUCAGUGGAUUAAGUUACGUUACCUCUUACUCUAGGAAUCUUCCUGAUGCAGUAGAACCUGAUAUUAUUUCAACCAUCAAGAAAACAUUUAACUUUGGUCAGAGUGAAGCAGUUCAUUUAUUUCAAACACUGAUGGAAUGCAUGAAAAGAAAGGAGCUUAUCACUGUUUUCCACAUUGGAUCAGAUGAACAUCAAGACAUAGAUGUAGCAAUACUUACUGCACUGCUUAAAGGUACUAAUGCAUCUGCAUUUGACCAGCUCAUCCUUACAUUGGCAUGGGAUAGAGUUGACAUUGCCAAAAAUCAUGUAUUUGUUUAUGGACAACAGUGGCUGGUUGGAUCCUUGGAACAAGCUAUGCUUGAUGCUCUUGUAAUGGAUAGAGUUGCAUUUGUAAAACUUCUUAUUGAAAAUGGAGUAAGCAUGCAUAAAUUCCUUACCAUUCCUCGACUGGAAGAACUUUACAACACUGGAAAUCUUCCUCCAGGAUACAAGGUCACUCUAAUUGAUAUAGGACUCGUUAUUGAAUAUCUUAUGGGAGGAACCUAUAGAUGCACCUACACUCGGAAACGUUUUCGAUUAAUAUAUAAUAGUCUUGGUGGAAAUAAUCGGAGAUCUGGCCGAAAUACCUCCAGCAGCACUCCUCAGUUGCGAAAAAGUCAUGAAUCUUUUGGCAAUAGGGCAGAUAAAAAGGAAAAAAUGAGACAUAAUCAUUUCAUUAAAACAGCACAGCCCUACAGACCAAAGAUUGAUACAGCUGUGGAAGAAGGAAAGAAGAAAAGAACCAAAGAUGAAAUUGUAGAUAUUGAUGACCCAGAAACAAAGCGCUUUCCUUAUCCGCUUAAUGAGCUGUUAAUUUGGGCUUGCCUUAUGAAAAGGCAGGUCAUGGCUCGUUUUUUAUGGCAGCAUGGUGAAGAAUCAAUGGCUAAAGCGUUAGUUGCCUGUAAAAUCUAUCGUUCAAUGGCCUAUGAAGCAAAGCAGAGUGACCUUAUAGAUGAUACUUCAGAAGAAUUGAAACAGUAUUCCAAUGAUUUUGGACAACUGGCAGUUGAAUUACUAGAACAAUCCUUCAGACAAGAUGAAACCAUGGCUAUGAAAUUGCUCACUUAUGAACUGAAAAACUGGAGUAAUUCCACCUGCCUUAAGUUAGCAGUUUCCUCAAGACUUAGACCAUUUGUAGCCCACACCUGUACACAAAUGUUAUUAUCUGAUAUGUGGAUGGGAAGGCUGAAUAUGAGGAAAAAUUCCUGGUACAAGGUUAUAUUAAGCAUUUUAGUUCCACCUGCCAUAUUAAUGCUAGAAUAUAAAACUAAGGCUGAAAUGUCCCAUAUUCCACAAUCUCAAGAUGCCCAUCAAAUGACAAUGGAAGAUAGUGAAAACAACUUUCAAAACAUAACAGAAGAAAUUCCUAUGGAAGUAUUUAAAGAAAUCAGAAUAUUGGACAAUAAUGAAGGAAAGAAUGAAAUGGAGAUACAAAUAAAAUCCAAAAAGCUUCCAAUCACACGAAAGUUUUAUGCCUUUUAUCAUGCACCAAUUGUUAAAUUCUGGUUUAACACGUUGGCUUACUUAGGUUUUCUGAUGCUUUAUACAUUUGUGGUUCUUGUACAAAUGGAGCAACUGCCUUCAGUUCAAGAAUGGAUUGUUAUUGCUUACAUUUUUACCUAUGCUAUUGAAAAAGUCCGUGAGAUCUUUAUGUCUGAAGCUGGGAAAAUAAGCCAAAAGAUUAAAGUGUGGUUUAGUGAUUACUUCAAUAUCAGUGACACAAUUGCCAUAAUUUCUUUCUUCGUUGGAUUUGGACUAAGAUUUGGAGCAAAAUGGAACUUUGAGGAUGCAUAUAAUAAUCAUGUUUUUGUGGCUGGAAGAUUAAUUUACUGUCUUAACAUAAUAUUUUGGUAUGUGCGUUUGCUAGAUUUUCUAGCUGUAAAUCAACAGGCAGGACCUUAUGUAAUGAUGAUUGGAAAAAUGGUUGCCAAUAUGUUCUACAUUGUAGUGAUUAUGGCUCUUGUAUUACUUAGUUUUGGUGUUCCCAGAAAGGCAAUACUUUAUCCUCGGGAAGAACCAUCUUGGACUCUUGCUAAAGAUAUAGUUUUUCAUCCAUACUGGAUGAUUUUUGGUGAAGUUUAUGCAUAUGAAAUUGAUGUGUGUGCAAAUGAUUCUACUGUUCAGAGUAUCUGUGGUCCUGGGACGUGGUUGACUCCAUUUCUUCAAGCAGUCUACCUCUUUGUGCAGUAUAUCAUUAUGGUCAAUCUUCUUAUUGCAUUUUUCAAUAAUGUGUAUUUACAAGUGAAGGCAAUUUCCAAUAUUGUGUGGAAGUACCAGCGUUAUCAUUUUAUUAUGGCUUAUCAUGAGAAACCAGUUCUGCCUCCACCACUUAUCAUUCUCAGCCAUAUAGCUUCUCUGUUUUGCUACAUAUGUAAAAGAAGAAAAAAAGAUAAGACUUCAGAUGGACCAAAACUUUUUUUAACAGAAGAAGAUCAAAAGAAACUUCAUGAUUUUGAAGAGCAGUGUGUUGAGAUGUAUUUUAAUGAAAAAGAUGACAAAUUCCAUUCUGGGAGUGAAGAGAGAAUUCGUGUCACUUUUGAAAGAGUGGAGCAGAUGUGCAUUCAGAUUAAAGAAGUUGGAGAUCGUGUCAACUAUAUAAAAAGAUCAUUACAGUCAUUAGAUUCUCAAAUUGGCCAUUUGCAAGACCUUUCAGCUCUGACUGUGGAUACAUUAAAAACACUCACUGCUCAGAAAGCUUCGGAAGCUAGUAAAGUUCACAAUGAAAUCACACGAGAAUUGAGCAUUUCCAAACAUUUGGCUCAAAACCUUAUUGAUGAUGGUCCUGUAAGACCUUCUGUAUGGAAAAAGCACAGUGUUGUACAUACACUUAGCUCCUCUCUUCCUCAAGGUGGUCUUGAAAGUAAUAAUCCUUUUCUUUGUGAUAUUUUUAUGAAAGAUGAGAAAGAUCCCCAAUGUAAUAUAUUUGGUCAGGAUUUUCCUAUAAUACCCCAGAGAAAAGAAUUCAGUUUUCCUGAGGCUGGUUCCUCUUGUAGUGCCUUAUUCCCAAGUGCUAUUUCUCCCCCAGAACUGCGACAGAGACUACAUGGGAUAGAAACCUUAAAAAUGUUUAGUAAAAAUCAAAAGUUAGGCAGUUCACCUAAUAGCAUACCACAUCUAUCAUCUCCACCAAACAAAUUUUUUGUUAGUACUCCAUCCCAGCCAAGUUGCAAAAGCCACUUGGAAACUGUAACCAAAGAUCAAGAAACUGUUUGCUCUAAAGCUGCAGAAGGAGAUAAUAUAGAAUUUGGAGCAUUUGUGGGACACAGAGAUAGCAUGAAUUUACAGAGGUUUAAAGAAACAUCAAAUAAGGAAGAAAUAUUAUCCGACCAGCAAAAUGAUGUAAGAAAUACAGUUGUGGAGUAUUCAGAGAUGCCUAAAUGUCAGAAUGAUAUUCCUUCUGAAACCACUUUGAAAAACCUGAGUUCUCAUGCUGGAUUUACGAAGAGUCACAAAACUUCUAUUUCUCUUCAUUCAGAACAACUGAAAAGUAACAGUAGACUGCCAUCUACAGAAGAACCUCAUGAAGUCAAUUCCAAAGCAGCUUUACUACCGGAUUGGUUACAAGAUAGACCAUCAAACAGAGAAAUGCCAUCUGAAGAAGGAACAUUAAAUGGUCUCGCUUCUCCAUUUAAGCCAGUUAUGGAUACAAAUUACUAUUACUCAGGUCAGUAAUAUUAAAAACAAAAUUUAAUAAUAUUUUUAGCUUUUAGGGUUUUCAUUUAUUUCUCUCUCAUUUUUAUGCAGCUGUGGAAAGAAAUAACUUGAUGAGAUUAUCCCAGAGCAUUCCAUUUACACCUGUGCCUCCAAGAGGUGAGCCUGUCACAGUGUAUCGCUUGGAAGAGAGUUCACCCAACAUAUUGAAUAACAGCAUGUCUUCUUGGUCACAGCUAGGCCUUUGUGCCAAAAUAGAGUUUUUAAGUAAAGAGGAGAUGGGAGGAGGUUUACGGAGAGCUGUGAAAGUACAGUGUACCUGGUCAGAACAUGAUAUCCUCAAAUCAGGGCAUCUUUAUAUUAUCAAAUCUUUCCUUCCUGAGGUGGUUAACACAUGGUCAAGUAUUUACAAAGAAGAUACAGUUCUACAUCUCUGUCUCAGAGAAAUUCAGCAACAGAGAGCAGCACAGAAACUCACAUUUGCCUUCAACCAAAUGAAGCCCAAAUCCAUACCAUAUUCUCCAAGGUUCCUUGAAGUUUUCCUGCUGUAUUGCCAUUCAGCAGGACAGUGGUUUGCUGUGGAAGAAUGUAUGACUGGAGAAUUUAGAAAAUACAACAAUAAUAAUGGUGAUGAGAUUAUUCCAACUAAUACAUUGGAAGAGAUCAUGUUAGCCUUUAGCCACUGGACUUACGAAUAUACAAGAGGGGAAUUACUGGUACUUGAUUUGCAAGGAGUGGGUGAAAAUUUGACUGACCCAUCUGUGAUAAAAGCAGAAGAAAAGAGAUCCUGUGAUAUGGUUUUUGGCCCAGCAAAUCUCGGAGAAGAUGCAAUAAAAAACUUUAGAGCAAAACAUCACUGUAAUUCUUGCUGUAGAAAGCUUAAACUUCCAGACCUGAAGAGGAAUGACUAUACACCUGAUAUAAUUAUAUUUCCUCAGGAUGAGCCCUCUGAGGAUGUGACUCUUCAGUCUGGAAAUUCCACCAAAGAAUCAGAAUCAACUAAUUCUAUUCGUCUGAUGUUAUAACUGAAUCAUUGGUUUUGCUUACACCUCACAACAAUGUUACUCUGUCGCUUUUCCUUCAUGAGGAAAUUGUUUGGUAAUAUAGAAAAGUAUGUGCAAAUUGAAUAUACUGACUCUGGCACAAUUAAAAGGUCAAUAUUUUUUGGACCUGAUGAAACUAGUCAGUCAGGAGCUCCCUAUAGGAUACAGCUAGCAGCUGUUAAAUUUAAAAGUAAAGGAAAAUUAGUAUUUGUAAUUUUUUAAAGGGCUCUUUUCAGCAGAGGAUUUCAUUUUACUUUGUUCUGAUGAGGAUGAUACCCUCUCUCAUGUGGUGCAAUACCAUUAACCAAAGUUGUGUGUUCGUGCAGGUGUUAUUGGCAGCUGGUUUACUGCCAUUCAGCUAGCGAAAUGAAGAAAUCACCCAGCCUUCCGGUUAAAUGGCAGUCAGACGUCUUCCUCAGUGUGUUUCAGUGUGUUCGGUGAUGAUGUCACUUAGUUCCUAGCUAGAUGCUUGUUGGCCACAGGACAGGUGGUGACUUAUUAUUUCUAGAUCCACAGGGAUGUAAGAAGCCUGAACUCAAAAUCAUUUUUUAAGAGGGACUUUAUGAAUCAGGUUUAGGCUCCAUAUUUAAAGGUAGAGCCAGUUUUUGUUAAAUAGAACCCAAAUUGUGUGGAAGUAUUAGCAGUUUUUUUUUUAGAACAUUUUUUUAUCAAGUCAUUGUUAAGUAGAAGAAAGCCAUGGUAGAUCUGGUAUAACCUAAAUAUAUCCAAGGAGAAACUUAACUCUGUUCAAGAGAAGUUACCUUGUGAGAAAAGUUAGUACUUUUUCCCUGUCUGUAUCUGUCAUGACAACCUGGAAGUUACAUACUUCUCCAAAGAUUUUCUUGACCAGUAUACCAAAUCAGGAUGUAAACAUGAACUCGUGCAUCUAUUUAAAAUUGUGUCGGGACAUCCAAACAUGAAUUUUGUUUGUGGUACUUAUUUAAGAAGUUGAGUUGGAUAAUUAUGUCGGGAGAUUGCAAUGCAACUUUAUGUCAAUAAAAUGUAGUUUAACUGCCCCAGA